AUGAUUGGUAUACAGCAACAAGCUCAGUAUCAACAACAUUUGAAUGUACCAUAUGAAACACAAAUUAAUCCACCAAUCAGUUAUGGAACUCAAAUUCAUAUUUUUGGUACUAUAAGUCCUAGUGCAAAUAGAUUUGAAGUGAAUUUAGCAAACCAUCGAGGUGAUGUUGUUUUACAUGUUAAUCCACGAUUUGAUCAAAAUACGAUUGUUCUCACUAGUGCACCCGGAGGAAAUUGGGGUCAAGAGGAGCGACAAUCAAUACCUAUACAACGAGGUCAACAAUUUUCAAUGAUUAUUAUGGUUACUGCUGAAGGAUUUAAAAUUGCGUUGAAUAAUCAACAUUUUGCUGAUUUUCGCCACCGUAUUGGAUUUAAUGCAGCGGAAUUAGUUCAAGUUAAAGGUGAUGUUCAGCUGAAUUCACUGCAAAUUUAUCCUGGAUAUGGAGGUCAAGGUGGUCAUGGUUUUCCAUUGAACGUUCCAUUUAUACAACAUAUCAAUAUGUUUCCAGGACGUACAAUUCAAGUUGAUGGUCAGUCAACAGGUCAGCGAAUGGAAAUUAAUUUAUUAAAUGGUUCUCAUGAUGGUGCUGAUGUAGCAUUGCAUUUGAAUCCAAGAUUUGAUUCACGUGAAGUUAUUCGAAAUUCAUGCAUACAUGGUGGAUGGGCAUCGGAGGAAAAAAGCGGUGGUUUUCCAUUUACUUCUGGAGGCCCAUUUAGUAUACAAAUUGUUUGUUAUCCACAACAUUAUCAAAUAUCAGCCAAUGGUAGACCAUUUGCUGAUUUUCAACAUCGUGCACCAUUUCAAAGUGUUCAAGCACUUCAAAUCAAAGGUGAUGUUCAAUUAACGAAUGUUAGAGUAUUGUAA